AUGGGUUUCUUGAAACAGUUAGACGUAGAAAACUUCAAGUCCUGGCGAGGAAAGCAAAUUAUCGGGCCAUUUAAAAGAUUUAAUUGCAUUAUUGGCACUAAUGGAUCAGGCAAGUCAAAUGUUAUGGAUGCUCUUGGAUUUGUGAUGGGGGAGAGGGCGGCAAAUCUCCGCGUCAAACAUACCAAAGAUCUCAUCCACGGUGCUCACAUCGGAAUACCUGUGUCCACCUCUGCUAGUGUUACCAUGAUCUAUUGUGGUGACAACAAUGAGGAAAUAUUCUUCAGUAGAACCAUCUCAGGGGAAUCGUCUGAAUAUCGUGUGAAUGGUAAACAGCUCACUUUGGCGAAGUACACUGGGGAGCUGGAGAAGAUAGGCAUUGUGGUGAAAGCAAAAAAUUGUCUGGUGUAUCAGGGUGCUGUGGAGUCUAUUGCCAUGAUGAAUCCCAAAGAUCGAACAAAGAUGUUUGAACGUAUCAGCAACUCCCGAGAGCUGAGCAAGGAGUAUGAUGCCAAACUGGCAGCCCUGCUCAAAGCCAAAGAGGACACCCAGUUCCACUUUAACAGGAAGAAGGCAGCUACAGCUGAGAAGAAGCAAGUUUUUAAAGAUAAGAGUGAGGCAGAAAAUUAUCAGGCGCUGGUGGAUGAACUCAGAGAACGCAAACUCCAGCUGACCCUCUUUCAACUCUUCCACAAUGAGAAAGCCAUUGAAGCACAGUCAGAUAAAUUGAGGGAGAAACAAGAGGCUGCAGCUCACCAGAAGAGCAACCUGGAUGUCUGGGAGCAAACCGUGAAGGCUCAGAAGAAAGAACAUGGUCGUCUGAAUCGAGAACUUCAGCAGCUGGAAAAAGAGAUCAGAUCCCAGGAGCAGAUUCAAAAUCAGCAGAAACCUCAGUACAUCAAAGCUAAAGUGAACACCUCCCACCAUGAGCAUAAAGUAGAGGAGGCUAGUCGAAUGCUUCAGAAGAACCAAAGUCAGCAGGCCAAGAAGGAGCAGGAGCUGGAGGAGCUGAGGAGCGAGAUAGCUGAGCUGGAGAGAGCCUGGAGGGUCUGUGAGAGACAGAUGAAGCAGGAGGAGGCUCAAAGAGGAGCUGAAGUGCAGCUAGAGGAGGCCCAGGCGGAGCGGUAUAAGGAACUCAAAGAGCUGGCCAGGAAAAAGGGAGCCGUUUUAACCCAGAACGCAGAGAAGAUGCACUGGGAGGUGAAGGCCGACAGCGAGAAGCUUCAGUUUGACCUCAGAAGGAAGACUGAGAUACAGAUGAAUAUUAAACAUGCUCAAAGUCGGCUUGAAGAUCUCAGCAAAAGGGCAGAAAAGCUGGAAGAGUAUGCCAACACUUCUACAAAAGCCCUGGAGGAGCAACGAGAGCAGGAGGAGCAACUGGCAGAAGAGCUUGAGAGAGGCCGUGUUCGAUCGGAGGAGGUGAACCAGGAACUUGCGCGGGUGCUGACCGAGCUUCAGAACGCUCGUUUGGACAGCCAGGAGAACCGACGGCAGCAGAAACGAGAUGAAGUCCUGGAAAGCCUCAGGAGACUCUACCCUAAUAUGGUGUAUGGCCGUCUGGUUGACUUGUGCCAGCCCAUCCACAAAAAAUAUCAGCUUGCCGUCACCAAGGUGUUUGGCAAGAACAUGAAUGCUAUUGUUGUUACGACUGCCAAAGUGGCUCAUGACUGCAUAAAAUUUCUGAAAGAGGAGAGAGCUGAACCAGAGACAUUUCUCCCUAUUGACUAUAUAGAUGUGCGCCCCCUGAACGAGCGUCUAAGGGAAGUGCGGACAGCCAAGAUGUUGGUUGAUGUGGUUCAAUGUGCUCAGAAUGCCCCUCAGCUGAAGAGGGUGGUGCAGUAUGUGUGCGGGAACUCCCUGGUCUGUGAGACUCUGAGAGAUGCCCGACACAUCGCCUUUGAUGGCCCAGAGCGCCAUCAGACGGUGGCUCUUGAUGGAACCUUGUUCCGCAAGUCUGGGGUGAUCUCAGGGGGCUCUGUGGACCUGCGCAGUAAAGCUCGGCGCUGGGAGGAUAAAGACAUGAACACACUAAGGGAGCAAAAGGAGCAGCUGGCAUCUGAGCUGCGUAAUCUGAUGAAGCUGAGACGUAAGGAGGUGGAGCUGAAGCAAAUCAGGGCUCAGUCUCAGGGAAUCCAGACUCGCCUUAAAUAUUCUAACUCAGAACUGGACUCCAUAUGCAAGAAGAACAUCCCAGCUAGUCAGGCUGUGAUUUCCAAACUCGGGAGUGAGCUCUCUAACCUUGAAGCUCAGAUUGAGAUACAGACUGAGAGUGUUGAACUAAAAGACUAUGAGAUGAAGGCUGUCAGAGACAAAAUCCAUCAGAUAGAGGAUGCUGUGUUUGCAGACUUCUGUGCAGAUAUCGGUGUUGCAAACAUCCGUGAAUACGAACAGGAUUAUCUCAGACUACAACAGGAUCUUGAGAAGAAGCGCCUACAGUUUGAGUCCCAGCGUACCCGUCUCAGUACUCAGCUGGAGUAUGAGCAGGCCCAGCUGGAGAAACAUAUUAAACAGAUGAAGAAGAUUGAAGACACCAUCCAAAAAGAGAAGAACAUAAUUUUCAGCCUGAAAGAGGAGGAGGACAGAUUUAUGAUAGCUGUGGAGGAGACUCAGUCUAAACUCAUGGAACUAAACAACAAACUAGUGGAAAAGACAACUUCGAUUAAUGAUGCAAAGGCUGAGCUUGACAGUAAAGUUAAAGGCCUCCAGGAGAGAAGCAGGGUGCUGGUGAGGCUUCAGAAGGAAACGAUCAGCACUGAGACAGCCCUAGAACAGCUCAGACUGGGCAAACACAACAUGCUGCUGGGCUGUAAAAUAGAGGCCCUACCAUUGAGACUGCUGUCAGGUGCAUUGGAUGACAUCAGUGACAUCCAGCUGGACUCUGAAUCUCAAAGCAUCAGCACACUGCACAUUUAUGAACGAGAGGCACAGAUAGUGUUUGAUUAUUCAGCACUGGACAGGGGCCUUAAGGCCCUGACUGAAGAGAGUGAAGUGGAGGCUGAGUUAGAGAAACUCAAAGAAGGUGUCUCCUCUCUGGAGUGUAUGAUCAUGGUGUCAAGAGCUCCCAACCUGAAAGCACUAGAAAAGAUGAGAGAAGUGAAGGACAGCUUCCGCGAAGUCAUGGAUGCAUUUGAGACCAGCACACACACCACUAAGAAAUGCUGUCAAGAGUUUGAGCAGGUGAAGGCCAAACGCUUCCAUCUGUUUAGCCAGUGCUUUGAACAAGUGUCUGUCACCAUCGACCAGAUCUAUAAAAAACUCUGCAGGAACGCCAGUGCACAGGCCAUCCUCAGUGCUGAGAAUCCAAAUGAGCCCUACCUGGAUGGCAUCAAUUAUAACUGUGUGGCUCCUGGUAAAAGAUUCAUGGCUAUGGACAAUUUAUCAGGAGGAGAAAAGUCCAUUGCUGCUCUUGCUCUGGUCUUUGCCAUUCACAGCUUUCGACCAGCUCCAUUCUUUGUGCUUGAUGAGGUGGAUGCUGCCCUGGACAACACAAACAUCGGCAAGGUUACAGGAUUUUUCCGUGAGAUGUCCAGAGAGAGCAGCCAAAUCAUUGUCAUCUCUCUAAAAGAGGAGUUCUACUCACGGGCAGAUGCUCUGCUUGGGGUUUACUCAAUGUUUGAUGAAUGCAUGUUCAGCCGUCUUCUCACCUUGGACCUAACCCCUUACCCACUGAACGAAGAGAAUGGCACAGAUCGAGAGAAGGAGAAAUUAUAA